AUGGUCGUUUAUUCAGAGGUCGGACCUGGCCAUCGAACAGAGGAACAGAAGGGACAUCUCUUUCGGGGUUUGAAUUGGUAUACUGUUGACAGAAAGUUCCUUCACCUGUGGAGUCUCCAGUGCCGCCUACCUACCGCAUGUAGUUUAGCGCCGUUGGGAUUUGGAUAUAAUGUUGGGAUUCUGCCCUUAGAUAGUCAGCACCGCCUACCGGAUGUAGUUAGCGCGCCGGUUCCUAGAGACACACACACAACAGAGUCAGUUUUCCUGCUUCCAGCUCAAGAUAUAAUCUCUCUCGCUAGCGAGAUUAUUACUCUUCCCAGCAGACACACCCAUAUCAAGAUAUACCCUACAACACCAAAUCCCGAUACCCGGAAACCGCUUCAGCUACCAUGCUAUCUUCUUAACACGCAUUCACCAAAUGAAGACUUUUGCGGCCGUAAAGAAAUUCUAGAGCAUCUUGCGGCCGAGCUCUUGCCUUCCAAAAGCGUAGUGACUGCAUCAGGUACCACUCUGCGACAAUUCGCUCUCUGCGGAUUUGGCGGUAUUGGGAAGACUGAAAUAGCCCGUGAGUACUCCAGACGUCGCAAAGCCUCCUUUGAUGCUGUAUUCUGGGUCGUAGCGGAUGAGAUUGCAAAACUCGACCAUCAUUAUCAGCAAAUUUCAUUGGCUCUUGGACUUGAAGAUCCAUCUCAAUGCAAGAGUCAGGCUCUCUCCAACCCCCGAAAGUAUCUGUCGGGAUCUGAUGAGUCUGUUCAACCCGGCCACGCGGGAUCAGACGCUACAUGGCUACUCAUAUUCGACAAUGCAGAUGACCCAAUGAUCCUGGCGGAUUAUUGGCCUCAGGGUAGGGGAUUGAUUUUCAUCACUAGCCGCGAUCCACUAGCUAGAAGUAUGUUUACUAGAAAAUCUUUAGGUUUAGAUCUCGGUCCCCUAUCACAGAAUGAUAGCAUAUCACUAUUCAACCAACUCACAACUAUUUCCAACGAAUCAGAAGAACACACAGUGCGACAAAUUUCUGAUGCACUUGGUGGCGUUCUCCUGGCCAUCUCUCAGAUGGCGGGUAUCGUCCGUCGACAAGACCUUACUUUGCCAGAGUUCCUCGAGCUGUACACGGAUCAUGAGGAACAUGCCAGUCUUUAUGAGACAAAGUUCGAUACUAAUUUGAUCACAUAUCGUCACUCGAUUUCCACCGUUUGGGCAUUUGAAAAGCUGAGGCCACAAGCUCGAAAACUGUUAGAGCUCAUUUCAUUCCUUGAGACAAGCAACAGCAGCAAAUAUCCGUUCAUCGCAUUGUACAAGAUGCAAUCUUGGCAACGAUGGAUGCUGCGAAGAAACGGUUCAUUUUCAACCAGGUCGUACGGAUCCUUUGGAAAGACUGGCCAUCGGCUAUGCCUAAGCCAUCGAAAAAGCCAGAAUUACCACAGCCAAAAUCAACUGGAGGCAGGUUACAUGUUGGAAGAUGGCCUGUUGUCAUCAUGAAUGAAAAAGUGUGUUGGCGUUGUGUCGAGAUCCGGGUGGAUAAUGCGCGCAAUAGGACACCGAUGCAGAAGGUGGUAAUCAUUAGUUAACGUCGUGAAUAUCUUUAUUUUGUGCGCAUAUUGGGAUUAUUUCUAGGUGUAUUUGAGAUUUCAUGACUCUUUGCCUCUUUCUCAACGCCACU